AUGGUGGACAUCGAGAAGAUGUUCUUCCAAGUGAAGGUGAGAAGAGAAGACCAAAGUUUCCUCAGAUUCCUAUGGUGGCCCGACGGAGACACGGAGAAAGAAGCGGAAGAGUACUGUAUGACAGUACACUUAUUCGGCGCGGGAUCGUCACCUGCCUGUGCUAAUUAUGCCCUUAGACGCACGGCAGACGACAAAGAGUGUAAGUUCGGUGCUGAAGUUGCCGACACGCUAAGAAAGAACUUCUACGUUGGUGAUGUUCUUAAAUCCGCACACACGGAAGACGAAGCUAUUGAACUAGCGAAGAACGUUAAGGAGGUCUGCGCAAGAGGCGGAUUCAAUCUGACCAAGUUCGUCGGUAACACGGAACGCAUCAUUGACUCGAUCCCGCAAGGAGAUAGAGCUGAAAAAGUAAAGAACCUCGCUUUGGGUCAAGACAAGUUGCCCAUUGAGAGGGCAUUAGGAGUCCAUUGGUGCAUCGAGUCUGAUGUUUUUAAAUUCCGAAUUCAGCUGAAGGACAACCCCUGUACACGGAGAGGGAUCCUCUCCACGAUCAGCUCUGUUUACGAUCCCUUGGGUCUCAUCGCGCCUGUAGUGCUGGUCGGGAAAAGAAUCUUACAAGACAUCUGUCAUACUAGUGACUGGGACGAACCAGUUGACGACGCCACGAGAAGCAGAUGGGAGAAAUGGCGGAGUGAGCUUCAUCUACUCGAGCACCUAGACUUACCAAGGAGCUUCAAGCCAGAAGAGUUUGGGAACAUGCUUCAUCUCAACUUCAUAAUAUGUCCGAUGCCUCGAUGA